ACGUGACCAUCCUUUUACACGAUUCCGGCUGUACUGGUUGCAGUACUGUGUUGCUUCGUUAUUGAAAUAACGAACUGCGGAACGUAAACUUCGGUUUACGACGACCAAGCGUGAAACAUGGCGAUUCGAUUCUUGGAAUUUGUGAAACCUUUCUGUGUGUUACUACCUGAAAUUGCCAAGCCAGACAGGAAGAUCCAGUUCAGAGAAAAGGUGCUAUGGACGGCAAUCACUUUGUUCGUGUUCCUGAUCUGUUGUCAGAUUCCAUUGUUCGGAAUCGUGUCAUCAGACUCUGCGGAUCCUUUCUACUGGAUUCGUGUCAUCCUUGCUUCCAACAGAGGUACUCUGAUGGAGCUUGGUAUCUCUCCCAUCGUGACGUCCUCCCUCAUCAUGCAACUUCUGGCUGGAGCCAAGAUCAUUGAAGUUGGUGACACCCCCAAAGAUCGUGCCCUUUUUAACGGAGCACAAAAAUUGUUUGGUAUGGUGAUCACUGUAAGUCAGGCUGUCGUUUAUGUCAUGACGGGCAUGUACGGAGAUCCCGCUGACAUUGGUGCUGGCGUCUGCCUGCUUAUCAUCAUUCAGUUGUUUGUUGCCGGAAUCGUGGUGCUGCUUUUGGAUGAGCUGCUCCAGAAAGGAUAUGGCCUUGGCUCUGGAAUCUCUCUUUUCAUUGCCACCAACAUUUGCGAAACCAUUGUGUGGAAAGCAUUCAGCCCGGCUACCGUCAACACUGGCCGUGGUACCGAGUUUGAAGGAGCUGUGAUAGCCCUGUUCCACCUUCUGGCUACAAGACAAGACAAAGUUCGCGGUCUCAGGGAAGCUUUCUACAGACAGAACCUGCCCAACUUGAUGAACCUUUUGGCCACUAUCCUCGUUUUCGGAAUUGUCAUAUACUUCCAGGGUUUCCGAGUGGAUCUGCCAAUCAAGUCGGCCCGCUACCGUGGUCAGCAGACAUCUUACCCCAUCAAGCUGUUUUACACCUCCAACAUCCCUAUCAUUUUGCAGAGUGCACUUGUCUCAAAUCUUUAUAUGAUUUCUCAGAUGUUGGCCAACAAGUUUAGUGGAAACUUCUUUGUCAACCUUCUCGGAGUGUGGGCUGAUGUUGGAGGCGGCGGCCCAGCCAGAUCUUACCCCAUCGGCGGUCUGUGUUACUACUUCUCUCCCCCUGAGACGUUAGGACACAUUCUUGAGGAUCCCAUCCACGCAAUGCUCUACAUUGUCUUCAUGUUGGGCUCUUGCGCUUUCUUCUCCAAGACCUGGAUUGAUGUGUCUGGGUCCAGUGCCAAGGAUGUUGCGAAGCAGCUCAAAGAGCAGCAGAUGGUGAUGCGUGGUCACAGAGAGAAGUCCAUGAUCAAGGAGUUGAACCGAUACAUCCCAACCGCUGCUGCUUUUGGUGGACUUUGCAUUGGAGCGUUGUCAGUGCUGGCUGAUUUCUUGGGCGCCAUUGGCAGUGGAACUGGUAUCCUCUUGGCUGUGACCAUCAUCUAUCAGUACUUUGAAUAUUUCGUCAAGGAGCAGACUGAAAUGGGCGGAAUGAGCACUCUACUCUUCUAAAUCUGUCACACUUGUUGCACCUCAUAGACGUGUGUGUGGUGUGUGUAAGAGAAAGAGAGACAGAUUGAGAAAACGUUUGGAUUCUGUGAGAAACUGAGCUGGUAGUUUACCAUUUGUGGUGUUAAUGCUAACAUUAUUGUCUGACAGCAGUGUGUAUAGUAAGAGUGGGCAUUACAGAUUAAAGCAUGCACAAAGAACUGGAUGAUAUCUUAUUGUGAACAUGUUUUGCGGUAGUGCUGGUUUUAGUCACAAACAGGCUUGUGGGAUUGUCUAGAUGGGCUUGGUAAGCUGUCUUAGGAGAUUUUACAAGAUGACUGAGGAUAUGACUUGCUUAUCAUUGAGAAAAACAGUACAAAUUGUUGUAGGGUUUUGGGGGUUUUUUGCAUGACAAUUUAGAGAGUUGUUCCUCAUCCAUCCAGACUUUUACAGUAAGUGAUGACAGUUUCCAGUAGCAUGUGGCUGUUGUGUAUGAGUGGAGGAAUACGUGGUCGUCCGUGCUGGGUUUCGGGUCUUUCGUACUUUGCGUGUUAUAAUGUCUGUUUAUUAUCAGUUCACAAUAUUGUUCUUCUUAAUUAACUUUCAUUUUGUUUUGAGUUGGACAGUUGCAAUUUUCCCUGUAAUUCCUAGUGUAUCACUGUUGUGACUAUUACGCAUUUGCUGAGUUUUGACAUUUUAGUGGUGUCAAUAUAUGUGCUAAGUUCUUUUUUUUUUUUUUUUUUUUUUUUUUUUUUUUUUUUUUUUUUUUUCUCCUCAUCUGCUGGUCCUUUUUUUUUUUCUUUAAAUCUCUCUCCUUCCAAUGACUACUCUUGUGAGAAAAUGAUUUGUAUGAUACGGUGGCUGGUUGAGAUUGAGAUGCGAGGGUGAAAGUUUGGAAGUUUAAAGUGUGGCUCAUGUCCGUGAAAGUCAAAAAUUUAUGUCAUUGAAUAAACUAUUAUAAAUUAACGUUAGAUC